CGUGUUAGCGUAGCUAGCUAGCUAUAAUUGAUCGAUAAUUUCAACUCUUUCUGAGGUGACAUCUGCCCAAAUUUUGCUACAAAUCAGGGUUAUUCGUCUCAUUUGACCAAUCACCAUGUCUAUCGCAGCUCGUCAGACGGCAAUCAGCUGUCCAGGCCACACCCGACCUGUCGUUGACCUCUCCUUCAGCGAGAUCACACUCGAGCAUGGCUACUUCAUGAUCAGUGCUUGUAAAGAUGGCCAGCCGAUGCUAAGGCAAGGUGAGACUGGGGAUUGGAUUGGAACCUUUAGUGGCCACAAGGGGGCGGUGUGGGGUGCGGCUCUGAACAGAGAAGCUAAACUGGCCGCGACAGCUGCUGCUGACUUCUCUGCGAAAGUAUGGGAUGCUGUAUCUGGUGAAGCCCUGCAUGACUUCUCUCACAAACACAUUGUCAAAUCUGUGGAUUUUUCAUCAGAUAGCUGUAAGCUUUUGACAGCAAGCAACGAGAAGCUCUUGAGGAUAUUUGACCUGAACGCCCCCGAGGCAGACCCAGUCGUAUUCAGUGGACACGAAGACAACAUCAAACACGCCCGCUUCCUGCCUGACGAAAGGUCCAUCGUCAGCUGCUCCGAUGACAAAACUCUCAGGAUAUGGGACAUCGCGUCAAACUCCGAGGUGAGAAAGAUUCCUCUCAGUUCCAGCAAUUCUAGCCUAGACUUGGUCAGCGAUGGCUCUACGCUGGUCGUUACUCAUGGCAAGAACAUAUCUUUCUACAGCGCAGACAGAUUUGAGGAGAUCAAGAAAUACAGCACAGAGACGGCCAUGUACUCUGCCUCGCUCAGUCCCGAUAAGAAGACGUUUGUUUCUGGAGGGGAAGACUUUAAGAUCUACCGGUUCUCAUAUGAAGACGGCAAAGAGGAAGCUUCGUACAAGGGUCACUUCGGUCCGGUCCACUGCGUGCGUUUCUCGCCCGAUGGCGAGAUGUAUGCCAGUGGCUCGGAGGACGGAACCCUGCGGCUCUGGCAGACCAACAUCGGCAAGACCUACGGUCUCUGGAAGUGGAUCGACGACAGCGAAGCGGAAGGCGUCCCAGUGUGUAAUGUCGCAAACGAGGCUAUGUCGCCCCCAACGGUUGUCAAGGCCGAGAGCUAACUGAUCGUCUCCAUGCCGAUUUAGUUGAUGUCCUAUACAGUCAAACCUGUCUAUAGCAACCGCCCAAGGGAAAUACAAAAAAUGGUCUUUGAAGACAGGUGGUCUUUGUAAACAGGUUCCCGUAGUACACAUUUCAAUGAGAAACCACUUUCAAGGGAAACAAAAAAUGUGGUCUUCGUAAACAGGUGGUCACUAAAGCAGGUUUGACUGUAUAAUUUGCAUGGCGUAAGCUUUCGUCGCAACGUAGAAGGUCUGCUGAUGAUAAAUCCCUCCAAGAGCACUUUGGACAUUAUGGUUUUGUGGCAUUUGAUAAAACUGAGGAACAAGAGACAACCAGAGGGAACUGGCCAUGUCUAUUAUUUUCAAGUGAAUCCAGUUAUAUCGAGGGGUCAGUGACACAAAGAUGUAAAUCCU